UUCCUCAAACUUUUGAAGUUCCGUUCUUCGCGCUGCAGUGGUAUAGUUGUAAUAGCGACAUGGAAGUGGGCAGACUAACGUUACAGAUUAAUUUUAAGUUGUUUCGACCACUAAUAUACCUGGAUAUAAUUUCAAACCAGAGAACUGUUCGUGAGGCACUUUCAAAGUAGUUUUCAUGUAUAAGAAUGGACAUAUUAGACUGAAAUCUCAUUGAGGAGUAAUCGAAAAGUUCUCCAAUUCUUCGGGAGACGGACGGCAUGGAGGGAGCUUGGCUGCGGGGCCCAGCCCCUGCAUUAACCGGUGGACAUAGCUCGGAAGUUUGCAAAGCUCGGUGUACUAAUAAGUGCAAUGCCGAUUCCACAACUCAAACUCAGGAUUCGCAUUUAAGGACACAAAAACACGGCGUUUAUUGUAGUUGUUUACCCAGGCGAGUAAAUAGAAUUUCAAAGCUCCAACACAUGUACAUAUGCCUAUGGAUAGGUAUUUUCAGUCUUCUUUGCUGUGUUCAAUUGGGUGCAGCCCAGAAUGACACAAACAUGACAACAAUAGAACUGACCACCACCAUCGUGACUACCGAAUUGUCUGAAGUCACAACCGACCUAAUAACCACACUGACCACAGAGGAGAGUCAAAGUGACGAUCUUUGGGUCUAUGUUGUAAUAGCAGCUGGUAUAGUGCUCCUAAUAGCAAUCAUAAUUAUCAUCAUAAUAUGCAUCAGGAAGAAAUGUAGCUGCAGAAAGAAAUGUUGCUACUGCUGCAGAGCUUCCCCACCAUCACCAGUCGAUAAGGAUUUCACCAAACCAGAUAAUAAUGGUCAACAUGUGAAUCAAGGAUUCGAUGGAGGAAACCCCAAUGAUUUUCAGGGUGACACGCAAAUUGAAAUGGAACCUCAACAGACUGGCAUAGAUGACCCUAUAUAUGUAAACACCACAAUCCAGGCAUCCGAGGCCCAAGGGAGUCCUGGUUACUCCCACUCACCACCGGAGUCACCCCUUAAUGAUAUGCCCAAUCUUCCUCCGCCAUCUCCACCUCGAGGAGCAGCGAGCUUCCCCAUGGACACCCAUCAUCCAACCAGAGGCAUCCCAUCUCCUUUCAUAGCCUUGCCAACCUCCCUUGUAGAUGAAUUCCCUGAUAGAUCUCCUCCAGCAAUACCUAACCAAGGAUCAACAAACAUCAAGGCAGAACUUAAUGAUAAGUUAAAGGGCCUUCCUCUUCCUGAUGAUAAACCGAAAAAGAAGGAUAAAAAGAAGAAGAGGAAAGAGGAAAGCAAGCCCAAAGCACCAGAGCGUUUUAUCGAUCCAAACGAACAGAUAAGGGAGGAUGUUCCUCUGCCGACCACUUCCAAGUUUGACCACUCCCAUCGAGGGCCCACUAGUCCACCUAAAUUCGAUUUCAAUCCACAUCUUCCAGCGCAGAAUAAUGGGGGUGAUUUUGGAGAGAAUUAUGAAGAGAUGUCGCCCGUACCCAGUAGCCCUGUCAGACGAAUGUCCCCCAGGCAGCCAACAGAUGUGGAGUUUGGUGAAGACUACGAAGCUGUUGGCGGUGAUGGUGGUGGCUCUGAUGACGAAUAUGAAGUAAUGGAUCCAAAUGCACUCCCUCAAAAGCACAAUAUUCAUACGCCUUCUCAUUUUAUGGGGAAACGCAGCGGACCUGGUGCUAAUCGGCCUCCAAUAAUUUCACCCCCUGUGCCAUCAGAAGAUUAUGGUGAUGAUUAUGAAGAAAUGUCCCCAAGCGAAAGACCAAGGCAUCCAAUACCAGGUGGAAAUAUUGAACAUCGUCCACAGAUACCAAUCCCUUCUCACAAGGGGGAUGAUGAUUUUGGUGGGGAUUAUGAGGAUGUCGACAAGCCCUUUGUCUUGCCGAAGAAGAAACCUGCAAAGGCCAAACCUAAAACUCAAAAGAAACCUUUGAAGCUUCCGGUGGUAGAGGAUUUUGGACAGGACUACAGUAACACAGGCCCUGGUGCCAUCUCUUCUAAUACCGCAAUGGAACGACGCCCACCAUCUCUUCCCUCUUCAAAUUUCCCGAAAAGUCCCUUAUCGCUACCACAAGAAGAGCUGCCACCUCCCCCUCCUGAACUUGUUCAGCAGCCCUCUUCACCAUCUCACCAAUUUGAUUAUGGGGGACAGUAUGACGAUGUUGAAUUGAAACCAACUAUUAAGAAAAAGCCGCCAGUGUUAAAACCCAAAGUAGCCAUCAAACCCAGUAGUGGCAGUGCGACACUUCCGGUUAAUCCCAAGCAGCUGAUAUCACCGAUGGAAGCACGGUCGUCUGCCACUCUUCCUCCUGUAUCUGGGAUCAGUGAACAGGGGGAAGAGGCAGAAGAAGAUGCAGUUUACAUGAAUUACUCACCAGACCAAAAGCAGAGACCCACAAAGAAUUACUACAACCUUCCUGUUCCAGCAAAGAAACCCCAGGAGAUGAUCAGUAGCAGUGGGUAUACAUACUUCAGUGAACUUCCAAAGUGAUGUAGCAAUUGAUGUGAGCAUUGAUCGGGGAAACCCCAGCAGAUCUUCAACUGGAGUUUGCUGUACCUAGGGAUC